AUGAGUAUGGAUCACGAUCAAAGCCAGAAUCAUAAUAAAAAACGAAUAAGAGUUGCUUGUGAUAGCUGUCGUAAAAAGAAGACUAAAUGUGAUGGUAGACUUCCUUGCACUAGUUGCGUCACUUCGAAGAACCCAAAUUGUCACUAUAAAGAGAAGCCAGAAAAGAGGAGACAUGCAAACGCUGAGCAGACUCCAAAAAGGAUUUCUAAUAGAAGGACAAUAGAAAUAUUAGACUCCAGGCUUUCACGGUUAGAGAAUGUUAUCAUAAAAUUGUCGGAUAAACUUUCGGACUCAAGAGAAAUGAAUAUGUAUCCCGAGGAUAAAUCAUUUACUGUUGGAAACAGUCCACCCAGCAGUAAUAGCUAUAAUGCGGAUAACUUUACGUCUGAUAGCACUGAUCUGGAAGAUGUAGCGGAACCUAGAAAGCAUUCUUCAAAGGCGAACAAUGCUAAUAGUAUUGAAGUGUACUUUGGAAGUCAUUCUGUGUUGACCAUAUUUUCUGAGAAAUCACUUCUCUGGAUGCAGAAUAUAUUGGGACCUGAGCUUUCACAUCUAAUAAACCCUGUUAGGAACUUGCCCGUAGUCCUUCAAUCGAAUAUGAAACCGUUUGUCCUUAAAUGGGUAGAUCCGCCGGUAAUUAAUGAGAUUCAAAAGAAGAAGUUACUAGAGAAACCAUUCCCGCUUAAUUAUCAACUUGUUUUCGAUUUGUUGAGUAACUAUUUUGAUACGAUUUUAGUAACUCGUGUUGCUGUUGAUAAAAAUAUUGUGAUCCAAAUGUUUAAGGACUAUUAUGGGCCUUCUAAUAGAAAGUUCAAAAUAUCAGAACUUCUGAUAAUGUCCACCGCUAUAGCAUUAUCGAUUGUAUUUUACAACGAGAAACUGGGAGUUGCAAAAUGCGCAGGAGAAUCUGCCGAUAUGGAUAUUCCGGACACUCUCAAAGAAGCAUCUAGUGAUUUUCUAAUAAGCUUAGAAAAUGAGAUGCUAGCGAACUCGAUAUAUUAUUACCAUAGGAUCUGUGUCUUAAGAGAUGGUAUCGAAACGAUUCAGGCAAUAAUUUUAUUGAUUAUAUUGAUCGACUCGUCUUCUUUAUCAAGCCAUAUGAAUUUCAUGUUGUCGACAGUUGCAAUUAGGUUUGCUCAAGAAAUGGGGCUACAUAGGGGGGAAACUUAUGAUGGCCUAGAUGUAUUAGAAAUACACCGAAGAAAAAAAGUAUGGGCUUUCUGUCUAUAUUUAGAUAUGGAAAUUUGUUUCAGAGGAGGAAAACCUCCUUUGAUUAAUACAUCUGACAUAUCCUUUAAUUUUGGUUCUCGAACUUCGCCCCUUUCAAAUGAUCCUACUCUUGGAAAGUAUCAGGAUAUUUUAUUGCUGUAUGAUGAGAUGAUGGAGCAGAGUGAAGAACAUUAUAGGACAGCUAUACAGUAUUCGCAUUAUUUACUUAUUCUUACGAAGAUCCGUGCUAAAUCUUACCGAAGUUUAUUUGCAGCUUCUGCUGAGAUGGAAUCAUUCGAAACUUUGAGCCAGACGCUACUGGACUUGAAUGGUGAAAUGUUCAAAAUAUCAGACUUGUUCAAUAAUAAUGCUUGUCCCAAAUUUUGUGAUGAUGCAGAUUUUAUAGGUUUGCCUGAUAAUUAUGAUUCCGAAGAACAAGAAGCCAUUUUAUCUGUCCAGUUGACGUUUUUUCUUCACCUCAUGGUUAUUAAUAGAAUUCCAUUUAUUGUUGGAUCCCAAUUGGAGCAGAAGGACAACGAGCAAACGUCGGAAUUCAGGAGUUUGUCAUUAAAAUCGGCACGGACAAUUCUCAAAAUUGCGGAGCAAGCUAGUAAUAAAAGGCUACUGUCGAUAUAUAACUGGAACAUUUUUUAUCCUAUGGCUGCAUUUUUAAACAUCACAGCCGUUUGUCUCAAUAGGCCAGAAUUACCUGAGACAUUUAAUGAUAUUAAAUUACUCAUUCACUUCUCUAAAAGUUUUUCUGGUGAUGCAUUAUUCUUGAAUAAAGUUCCCAAAGGAGUAGCCGAGAGUCUUAAAAAAGUGAGUUUUGUUUCUAUGGCCAUGAGAAUAUUACUUAGAACUGUUGUGCAAUAUUUUGAACUAAAAACUCAUAUAUCUCUUCUCCUAGAUGAUCCUGAACUCGAAGGACAUUUAAAUGCACCAAAACUUAUCUAUCCAGAAAUAUUCAACAACCCUGCCGUUUUCAUGAAACAAUUUGCAGCGAAAUCCGAGUAUAGUACUAAGGACCCCAUUUUUCGUAUCAGGUCUACAGUUUCUCCGUUCGAUGAAAAAAACUCACCAAAAAAUGCUGUCAAUUUCUCAUACUCAAGCUCAAAUAGUGGGGUACCAAACGUUCAAGAAGCCGAAGUGCAUUCCUCAUUCAUACCAAACUCAACCUUGUGUUCCUUCUCUCCAAGUUUUAAUCCUUCUUUAUCGAAUAUUGUGCAUCCUACCGAUUCUACAGAUGCGACGUAUCACCAGGCAAGCCAAAAUUCACAAAAUAAUCCUUUAGAUGACCUUACAGAUGCACCCUUGACUGAUGAACUAUCUGCAAUGAUAUUUUCACAAAUUAGCGACUUACCAAACGUAUUUUUCGAUAAUAAUCUAGGAAUUUAA